UGCAAAAAUUGAGUGAUUUCUAAAUUUUAUUUUUUAAAAGUUUAUCUAAAUGACUAAUUUUUUUAACCGCACUGACGAAAGGCAACCGCGCUAAUGUACAUCCGCAAACCUGAUAUUUUCCUUGUUUCAAAAGCUUUCUCAUUUCAUUUAAGCGCAUCAUCAAAGUGAAAAUCAUGCUCAAAAAUUUCUCCUCGCAUGCUCAGCAUUUAACGUUCGCCAUUCUUUUUGCGUGUCAGUUGAUUUGUGUCGACGGCAACCGCCAUGCAUAUUAUCAUAUGGAUAGAGGAGAGGAGACAAAUAGCUCAAAAACUGAACAGGCAAUGAAGAAGUUCCGUAUAAUAUCACCAACUUUACAGAAUCCAGUUACAAAUAAUACAAACAAGAGAUUUGGACGCGUUGGUAAACACCUAUUUGGACAAGAUGAUGCGGUCCCUAGUGUGCUUCUGGACAACACCGAUUCAAAUGCCAACAGCUUGAACUCAAAAAAGUUCAAGCCCAGUCCUUAUAAUGAUGAUGACUAUCCACGAGUUGAUCCACCAGAUUCAACCAACCCGCCGUCCAAAAGCAACACGUCGGACAUUAUUCUUACCACCACAACCACCUCAGUCAAACCUUACAACACGGAAGAAGACCGAACAUUCAAUUUCAUGUAUAUCUUGUACGCUCUCCUAAUCAUUAUGUCCAUCAUUGCACUUAUUUGGGGAUAUCUGGUGUGGAAAAAUCACCAUCAGCCUAAUGUGAGAAGAAGGGAAACGCUCGAAUCAGGGACUCAAGUAACUCAAGUGGCUGGGGCCGGGGCCAAUAAAGGCUAUAAAACCGCAAAAAAAUAAAGGAAAAAAAGAACCGUUGAAGAAUUGUGAGGAAUUUUUUGUAUAAAAUAAGCUCAGUGGCUAGUAUAGAAUAAUUAAUUAACAUCGGCAACCAUUACUUUGAAUUGAGCACAAAUUUGUCUAAACUUUUCUAGAAUUUGCAAAAUUCAAAAGACUUUUAAAGCUUUUUUUAAACAAUUUUGAAUUAUUAUUAAAGAAUGAAAUUAAUUCCAA